AUGACAAACAAUAAAAAAAUUUCAUCUCGUAAGCCGGAAGUUAACGGUGUUUCUGCUACUUCAUGCGCUAACUGUGGUACAACUACAACACCAUUGUGGAGAAGAGCUCCUAGCGGUGAAACCAUAUGCAACGCUUGUGGUCUUUAUUAUAAAGCUCGUAAUACUGUUCGUCCACUUUGCCCACCCACUCCUUCUUCAACUUCUUCCGCUUCCGGUUACAAUUCUUCCGAAGAUGAUGAUACUUCUCUUGAUGGUUUUUCUAAUAAUUUUGAUCGUAAAAGAAAAGUCGAAGAUCCUAAUAACUCUAGUAAACGUCCUUGUUACGAUGAUAGAGAGCAUGCUAUCGAAGAUUUCAUUGUUUCUAAACCUCAAUAUCAAUUAGAGAGUGCAUGGGAUUUUGAAGAUAAUAGUAGAAGAAGCAGUUUAAACAGUGAGCCUCAAGUUCAAAUUCAUCAAAUCAAUAAUAAUAAUAAUAGUAAUAGUCGUCUUAUGGGAACACCUAAUUAUCCCUUACCCUCAAUAUAUUCUAAUCAUCAUCAUUAUAACAAUAACAAUAAUAACGUCAAUAACAAUAAUGAGUCCUCUAUUCAACGUUUUGGUUCAAGUCCACCACCUCCUCAAAGUUCUAUUUCUGCUUUGUUGAAUUAUCCUUCUGCUGAAACUUCUCCUAAAUUGCCACCAAUCUCUACAGUUGUGAGCGGUAGUAGCGGCAACAACAACAACAUUGUAUAUUUAAACAAUGCUCAUCCUCAUACUCCUCAUAAGCUUACCCGCUUUGUUGGUGUUGCUGAUAGUGGUUCUUCAUCAUUACCGUACUUAUUGGCUGACUGGUGUAGUCAAAAAAUUGCUUUUGAUGUACGGCAUAAAGACGGCGAAUAUCUGUCUCCUCAAAUUCAAGCAUCCCUUGUUUCUAAUAAUUUGAAAGAAUCAGUCAAAAUAAAAUAA